AUGGAGGAGCCACACGGUUCUGCUCUGGACAAAGGAGCUGCAGCAACCACCCAAAGUGCCGCGAAGGGGAAGCUGCCGGAGCCACGUGGCAAGCCGACACUGGCACCGAAAAAGCUGCAGGCAUCUGCGCCGGAGCUCUACAGGAAGCCCAACCCGGCAUUGACGGAGUUGCCUCGAGUUUCUCGGGCUCUUCCGCCCCCACUCGCGCCUCGGGAUGCGCCCGACAACCGGCGUGGCCAACCACUCGCCUCCAAGGUCAAAGCCACGACCAAGGAGACCCGGGAGAGAUCGCGCACGUGCCCUAAAUCACCGAGGCUCGAAAGCAGCCCAACGCCGUUUGCUGCCGUCUGUGCAGCUCGGGAAGGUGUCUGCCUUGAGACAGUCUUGCCCAAGCCCUCACCGCCAGAAGCUGACGAAGCUCCCAAAGCUUGCGCACAGGUGCAGGCCCCAUCUGCGACAGGUCUGCUCGAGCGGGCCCAUGCGGCGCGUGCGGCUCCGGCGGUGGACACAGCAGAGGCACCUGAGCCGGCGGGCUCCGAGGCUUCAGAGGCUUCCGAUCUCACCGCCGAGCUGCAGGCGCAGGAGGAGGCAGCAAGCCGCCAAUUCCAGCAGAUGGAGACCUCUGCCAAGAACGCUUGGCAGCAGGCGAAGGCCAUGGCAGACGUCUUGGCACAGCAGAAAGAGCAGGAGGCCCGGCAGGCCGAUGCCAAGAAGAGGCUCGCCGAGGCCACCGCGAGUCGGCAGGCUGCGGAAGCUCGGGUGCAGGAGGUGGAGCUUGCGGUAGAGUCCCUGCGCGGUGAGAUUGCGCAGGUAGAGGAGGAGUCGCAGCAGCGCAUCGCAAGCCUCCAAAGAGAGGCAGAGGAGGCUUCCAGGCAGAAGGAGACCUGCCUCGUGGAGGCUUUGGCCACCGCACAGGGUGCCAAGGAGGAUGCCCAACGUCAUCUUCAGCCGGGUGGCAUCAAUAUGACCUCGGUGACGAUCGUCACCUUUCUCAUUUGUCACUCUGGAGAUGGCAUCAAACAGUAG